AGUUACUUAUCCUUACGUCUAUGCAUUGUCCUUUACAAUGACCAAUUGUUUGGAUAUAUAACACUGCAAGUCGCCUGUCAGAGGGGGAUAACUGAGUGCGGACGAGUACCGAUAAUCGAGGUAUAUGAUCUAUUCCACAAAGUUUGGAUCCGAGUGAAAGAACGUGAAAUUCAGAAUCCAUGGAAGUCGAAAAACCCACCGCCGAGAAACGGAUCUUCUUGAUCAUCAACUGCAUAAUACUCGCCAUCGGCAACUGCGGCGGUCCUUUAAUCAUGCGCCUCUACUUCAUCCACGGCGGCAAGAGGAUCUGGUUUUCCAGCUGGCUGGAAACCGGGGGAUGGCCUGUAAUCCUCAUUCCCCUCAUCGUCUCAUACACGCGCCGCCGCAGGCCCAACCCCGGGGCCAAGCUCAUCCUCAUGAAGCCCCGCCUGUUCGUGGCGGCGGCCGUCAUCGGAAUCCUAACCGGCUUCGAUGACUACCUGUACGCGUACGGCGUGGCUAAGCUCCCCGUCUCCACCUCCUCACUCAUCAUCGCGUCGCAGCUGGCGUUCACGGCGGUGUUCGCGUACUUCCUCGUGAAGCAGAAGUUCACGGCGUACUCGAUAAACGCGGUGGUCCUGCUGACGGUGGGAGCGGCGGUUUUAGGGGGGUUUUUCAGGACGGGGGCGGCGGCGGCGCUGUACGGGCUAAUCCUGCCGGUGGUGGAGUACACGUACAAGAAGGCGAAACAACCGGUAACCUACACGCUGGUUAUGGAGAUUCAAUUGGUCAUGUGUUUUUUUGCGACGGUUGUUUGCACCGUGGGGAUGAUCAUCAACAAGGACUUCCAGGCAAUAGGAAGGGAAGCAAAGGGAUUUGGACUUGGGGAGGCAAGGUACUACAUAGUGGUAGGGUGGAGUGCAAUAAUAUGGCAGUGUUUUUUCUUGGGAGCCAUUGGUGUCAUUUUCUACGCAUCAUCACUCCUCUCAGGCAUCCUCAUCUCUGUCUUGCUCCCAGCAACUGAAGUACUAGCCGUUAUUUUCUACCACGAGAAGUUCCAAGCUGAAAAGGGCGUCUCCCUUUUUCUCUCUCUUUGGGGAUUUAUUUCCUACUUCUUUGGUGAGAUCAAGACCACCAAGAAGCAGAAGAUGAUGAUGAUGAAGAACACCACCACCACUGAUGAUCAUCAGAUAUCAGAAGCCCAGUUGGCUCAUCACCACCCUUGAUCAUUCCCUUAUUUAAUUUUUUUUUUUUAGAUACGUAUGUGUUUUAUCCCAACUUUUCAAAAAUGUUACAGCUGAUAUUUUGUAUAUCAGUUGCAUGGAUGAUUAACAUAUACCUUAUUUCAGAUAUUUGUGUUUAUUAUUCAUAUAUUUAAUAUACAAAAUACUGAUCAUGUAGCAUAUAUUUUAAUACAAUUUU